UUGUCGUGAAGCUUGUGACGGUCGGCUUAUUGACGACUCCGCUGAGGUCCGAGAUUGGCUAUUACAAUGAGCGGAGCCCGUACUGUGUGACAUCAUUGCGUCUGGCGCUGUGGAGAUCUACAGCACCUCCUCUUUUUCUUUUUUUGCCUCCCUCCUCACAUCCAUUUGGAGCCGCCCGUACGAGCAGUUCAUCACAGAGCGCACCCAAAGCAGGAGGCGGACCCAGAUAGUAAAAGGCGAACCGGAGACCAGGAGCAGCAUUGUGUGGGACGGCCAGCAAAGAGGAUCUAUCCAUCCGCUGCGUGCUUUCGGGGUUUCUUUUGUGUGUUUUUUUAAACACCCGCCGUGCACUUUUUGGGGGUAUCGAGCGUUGCGGCUCUCUCGCCUCUGUCCCAGAUACCCAUCUGCGCGUCUGCGUCCGAGCACUCCCCGCAUCCCCUUUUCCUUUUGAAGAUGUCCACGAAGAGCCGAGCCGAGCCGGAGACCCGGUCGGACCGCCGAGAUGCUCUGGGCACCGCGACUCGCCUCCCCGGUUUCUCCACGGAGUCCGUAGAAUGAAGGAGGAUUAACGUCGAGUCCGAGUCGUCCGGAGCGCGAAGAAGAUGACGGUGCCGUUGUUGAAGAUCGGGGUCGUGCUGAGCACCAUGGCGAUGAUCACCAACUGGAUGUCGCAGACCCUCCCCUCUCUGGUGGGGCUCAAUACUACCAAGCUGACGGCGGCGCAGGGAGGGUACCCAGACCGGAGCACGGGAGUGUUGCCAGCAAACCCAGAGGAGUCGUGGCAGGUGUACAGUUCCGCCCAGGACAGCGAAGGGAGGUGUGUCUGCACCGUGGUGGCGCCCCAGCAGUCCAUGUGCUCGCGGGAUGCUCGCACCAAACAACUGAGGCAGCUGCUGGAGAAGGUCCAGAACAUGACCCAGUCCAUCCAGGUGCUGGACCAGCGCACCCAGAGGGACCUUCAGUACGUAGAGAAGAUGGAGGUCCAGCUCCGUGGCCUAGAGACAAAGUUCAAGGAGGUGGAGGAGAACCACAAGCAGAACAUUGCUAAGCAAUACAAGGCCAUAAAGGCGAAAAUGGAGGCGCUUAGGCCGUUGAUACCAGUGUUGGAGGAGUACAAAGCCGAUGCCAAAUUGGUAUUGCAGUUUAAGGAGGAGGUCCGAAAUCUGACGUCAGUUCUAAGCGAGCUACAAGAAGAGAUGGGGGCCUAUGACUACGAGGAGCUCCACAACAGAGUGUCAAAUCUUGAGGAGAGACUGCGAGCAUGCAUGCAAAAAUUAGCCUGCGGCAAACUGACAGGCAUCAGUGAUCCAAUCACCAUCAAGACGUCUGGAUCCAGGUUUGGCUCCUGGAUGACGGAUCCGCUGGCGCCUGAAGGAGAUACCCGGGUUUGGUACAUGGACGGCUACCAUAACAACCGCUUUGUUCGGGAGUACAAGUCCAUGCAUGACUUCAUGACGUCGGACAACUUCACGUCCCACCGGCUGCCGCACCCGUGGUCGGGGACGGGCCAGGUCGUCUACAACGGCUCCAUCUACUUCAACAAGUUCCAGAGCCACGUCAUCAUCAAGUUCGACUUCCGCACCUCCUCCAUCAGCAAGUCCCGGCAGCUGGACUACGCCGGCUUCAACAACGCGUACCACUACGCCUGGGGAGGCCACUCGGACAUCGACUUGAUGGUCGACGAGGGGGGCCUGUGGGCCGUCUAUGCCACCAACCAGAACGCCGGCAACAUCGUCAUCAGCAAGCUGAACCCCAACACGCUGCAGAUCAUCAAGAGCUGGACCACCAACCACCCCAAGCGGAGCGCCGGCGAGUCGUUCAUGAUCUGCGGCACGCUCUACGUUACAAACGGAUACUCGGGAGGAACCAAGGUUUAUUACGCGUACUCCACCAACUCCUCGACUUACGAGUACAUUGACAUUCCCUUGCAGAACAAGUACUCGCAUAUCUCCAUGCUGGACUACAAUCCUCAUGACCGUGCCCUCUAUGCUUGGAACAAUGGCCACCAGGUGCUCUACAACGUGACACUGUUUCACGUCAUCCGCUCAGAGGAACUGUAACGGAGGAGGAUUCAGUAAGGAUAGAUAAACAUUGUCCUUGGGAAGAAGGGAAAAGAAAAAACAAACUCAUUCUAUUCAAUCUCUGAAAGAAGAGACCAUGUCGAGAACAUCUUGUUGAAACAAAGAACUUGUGAAGGACUGCAUUAUCCGUGAAUGCAAAAUGCAUUGAAUGUGUACAUGAACACAAAUCUAUCAUUGAAGUGUUUCAUUCCAAAAUUAGAUGUUACUACUGGAGAAAUACUGCAAUAUUAUUUAUCUAAAAAAAUUUAAAAAAAAGAAAGAUAAUUGAAAGGAAUAUUAAGGUUUUGUAAAUAAAUGUCUCAAGAUGACUUUUUGAUUUUAAUUCUGUGUUUUAUUUUGAUAGCUGCCUUUAAUAGUGGUAUAUUAGAGGCAUUUUUAUUUUGGAAUGAAACUCUUUGAUCGUUUGUUGUCUAGAAAAAAGAUGAUUGUAAAAAUAGAAAAUAUAUUAGACUCAAAAUAGUAAGAACAGAUGCCAAUAAAAGAAAAUACCACGCCUUUUUUUUUAAUAUAAGCAGAUAUCAACCUAAGGUCAUUCCUGUGGCUCCUCCCAGAUGAACUUUUCUGUGGUCGACAGGGGAAGGUCAGGGGUCAGGGGGCGGUCCUGGAACAACGACUGUUGACUACAAACUGUAGGAUCCUCACCCUGCCCAAGAUCCUACGGAUAACAGUGGAAUGUCAGUCCAGUCAGAGGACUGGAUAUCCAAGAGGAAGCGGGUCUGUCAUAUAAUUUUUAUCAAAGUACAGUAGCAAAUCUAAAGUCUGUAGAGAAACAAUAACAUCUAAUAAAAGACCUGAAGGCACUGACUGUUGAUCGCGCUGUUUUUUUGAUCUGAUUUUUCCGUAUCAGUGAUUAUGUGUUGAAACGGAUUUCUUUGCAUGAUUGUUUUCUAUAACUCCAGUCUGCUCCUGCUGAAUGUCCUUUGCUGUACGAUACUACGAAUUUACGCGAAAGGGAGUUGGAAGAAGGCGAAACACAAUUCAAAGAUUUAGCUAAUUUUUUUUAUUUUUUUUUUAGUUGUCCCCCGGCUUCUCCCUAUGUAACGUCUGCUUCUUUUGCUUCUGUUUCUUUGCCUCCAUUUUAAAUGUUCAUGUACUAUUCAGCCGCUGGUCUCCUUGUAUUUAUUUUAUUAAACUGUCGGAGGAAUCUAGCUAGCUCACUAAUCAACGAAGUAAAAAAAAAAAAAAAACAGAAUUUCUGACGUGAUGCAUUGUUGGUAAGGGAACCUGGUUCGCUUAUCCUCAUUUCACAUGAGCCUGAAGUGGUCAGAGGUUUACAUUAAAAGAAUAAUCCCAUCUCAUAGCCUGUAUCCCCCCAGCCGCCACUGCGAGUGGAGCGUGUUUGUUAAAUGUACGUAUACCCUUGCUAAAAACAAAAGCUUUUCACCCUUUUUGCGCUUUGCUGGACAAUGUAUUGUAUCUGAAAUGAGAUGGUCUAUGAAUCGUGUCAAUAAAACAGAGAAAUCUGA